ACAUGUCAUGAUCUAAGAAUUUUUUUUGUCUUUUCGACUUGGUUCUUUGUAAGAUUCUUGUUCCUUGAAGUGUUGAAGUUAGAUAAGAGUUGAUUUGAAUGUUAUAAUGUGCUCAUGGUGACUCUCUUCCUUUUACGUCCCUGUGGUUUAUGAAAAGCCAUAUUGCUUCUUUUUUGCCAAAUUGCGUGUUAAUUUCAUUCCCUUUGCAUUUGAUUCCAUAUCUUAUUUCUGUUUGAUUUUUAUGCAUCUGUCACCUCCAUGAUGAUAGCUUCUCUUGGUUCAUGGCUGAAACAAGUUUAGUUUUGGAUAUAGAAUCAACUAAUCUCUUCUUGUUCGUUUUUAUCUUUCCUCUUGCGGUAUAUGCUGAAGAACUUUAGGGGAAAAAGUGAAUGAAAGCUAAGAGUUUUUUAUGAUCCAAGGCAAAACAAAAAGUGAACAAUAUUCCUUUGGAGGGUUUUGAAAGGGAUAAAUAAAAUAGGAUAUUAACUUAGCGAAUGGAAUAUUUUCUAUCCUACAGAGUCAUUUUCUGUAUAUCUAACUUAGUGAUAGUCAGUCUCAUAUUGCUUCUGUGUAACGCUCCUUGUUAAGCUGAAUAGCCCUUUAGUGCUAGGAUUCUGAUAUCUAUAAUUAUCUUCUCAUUACUGCACUUGUUCAAUGACACUUGCUAGCGAUUUUGGUUUUCCAACAGCUAUGUCUUCAUCUUUUACAACUCUAGAAGAGAGAUACCGCCACAACUUUCCUAACACUUUGUGGGUUUCAUCAGGACAGGAACUGAUGAAUAACAGUCCUGUCCCCUGUCAGGUGUUUCCUCUGGUCUCUGGCGGCAGUUCUGGUGGGAAUUUGUUUUCAUCUUCUUCCGGAUUCUGCAAUGGUGUCUAUGUUUCAUCUUCCUCCCAAGCACGGCCAUCUGUUUCUACCGUGCCAAGAGACAGAAUGACUGUUGCUCACGUCUCUGGUGAAGGGCGGAGGCAGGGAUGCUCUGUGGAAACACAAUCCUUGCAAUUGAUCAAUCAACCUCAAGAACAGAAAAAUAUGACAUGGUCUUCAGACCAGCUUCUGGGCUUCUUUGAUUUUCCUGUUCCGGAUCCACAAGCAGAGAGCAGCAGAACUAUGGUCUCAUCCAAGGAAGUCCUUUUGAAAUACGAAUGGCCAGACUGGGCGGAUCAGUUGAUCUCUGAUGAUGGUCUUGAACCAAAUUGGUCGGAGCUUCUAGGUGAUCCUAAUGUCCUCAAUCUAGAUUCAAAGAUAACAACAUCGUCUUCUGAUAUAGCGAGGCAAGAGAUAGUAUUUAAAAAUCAGCACCAGGUGGAUCCAUCAAUGGAGCCGUUUGAUACCAAAAAUUCACCAGCUAGUUCAAUGACAUCUAAGCAACGAAUGCGUUGGACACCAGAACUCCAUGAAGCAUUUGUUGAAGCUAUCAAUCAGCUCGGUGGUAGUGAACGAGCCACCCCUAAGGCUGUUUUGAAGCUCAUGAAUAGCCCCGGGUUGACCAUUUAUCAUGUCAAAAGCCAUUUGCAGAAAUACAGAACGGCAAGGUAUAAACCAGAGCUUUCAGAAAAUAGAGAAGAACCUCAAGUGAAGAACUUGAAAACCAUUGAAGAUAUCAAAUCUCUGGACUUGAAGACGAGCAUUGAAAUUACUGAAGCUCUAAGGUUACAGAUGAAAGUUCAAAAACAACUCCACGAGCAACUUGAGAUCCAAAGAUCACUGCAGUUACAAAUUGAAGAACAAGGUCGCUAUCUUCAGAUGAUGAUUGAGAAACAACAGAAGAUGCAAGAGAACAAAAAAGACACUUCUUUCUCAUCAUCAAUGCCAGAAGUUGACCCUUGUUUAGCUCCAUCACCAAACCUUUCACAAGCUUUCCAUAAAGCAACCAAUUCAGAAUCAUCAAUAACUGAUCAGAAUGGUUGUAGCACAAUGGAUCAAAGUGAAUCUGCGUCUGGGACUAGUAAUAGGAAACGGGUUAGAGAAGAUUAGACAUCUCUUGACUGAAGAAGGUGGAAGUUAUGAUACUGAACCAAAGAUGUUGCAACUUGCAAACAGAUGUAAUAGUGUAUAUAAAACGUGUUAUUUGUUCGUGGUUUUGUUGCUCUAUGUAAAAUCCUCACAGCAGCAAGAGAAUGAAAAUUUCUCCUAAUUUUUUUA